CAUGCACAUGAUCACUGUGGUUUGUCUCGUGCAAACUGUCACAGAGCAAGAAGCCUCAGAGUGCUGACAAAAUUACAUUUGAGCUGUUGAUGCAAAAUACAGCCAGUACCUGCUGUGGCACCUAGUUAUGACUGGUGAGACGUAGAAAAUCAGGAUUGGCCACAAAAAGGUGAAAAGAGCUGCUUUGGAGAGGCUUUGCUCAACUGAACAAUACAGGGUAGCAAAGAUAACUCACUGGAACAGUUUGUACCUAACAUAUGUGUUCCUGGAUAUUGCUCAUCCUUGUCAUCAUCACUACAUUUGACCCUUUAGAAAUGCUUGAAAAUUGCUGUGUGUGAUAAAUCUCUUCAGUUCUGGUAUUCAAACCAAAACUGAUCAUCACAAAUAUUAACAGAAAAUGGAGUAUAGUUUUUUUUUUUUUCAUCUGUGUAAUUAUUGCCGUUUUUCAUUUGAAUUAAUAUUUGAGAUGCAGGUUAGCCUCGACAUCCCAGAGGGAGACAGAACUGGAAAUCUUCUGGGCUGAGCCAAGCAUCAAACUAUUAAACUCUGAAAGCCUGAGAAGAUAAAAAUGUGCUUUCAAUUGAAGAGGGGUAUAGGUAGAAGGACGAGUUGACUUUAGACACAGGGUGGAUUGUGGUAUUACUUCCUUCCCCUCAAUGGUGCAUCAAGACAAGGGAAAAUGUUACCAGGAGAAAUUUCAUAAAUUGUCUGCUGAGUGUUGUUUUGUCAUCUUCAGUGUGAGGGGUAAACUUUUCUGCAGGCCUGGAGAACUGAGUGGAGGCAAGUGAAGCUCUGAAGUGGGGGUGGAUGCAGUGGCCAGUGGAAGAAGACUCUUCCCUGGACAGGGCUGAGAGCCUGGAGAAAGAAAUACCAGCUGGAAAAAGAAAAAUGGAACGUUUUCUAAACAACAGUUGCAACUACACUUGCCCAGAAAUGCCCUAUGAAGAGAGUCGGAUACUUCUGGUUGCUGUUUACAGCAUUGUUUUUGCUGUAGGCCUUCCAGCAAAUUGCUUAACUUCUCUGCUUACUUUUGUACAAAUUCAAAGGAAUAAAGUACAUGCCAUCUACAUUUUCAGUUUAUCACUGUGUGAUCUGAUGUAUUUAAGUACCUUGCCUAUCUGGAUUAUCUAUGUGCAAAACAACCACAAGUGGACCAUGAGUGACACUGCUUGCAAAAUAACAGGAUUCAUCUUUUUCUGCAAUAUCUACAUCAGCAUUCUGCUUUUGUGCUGCAUCUCUGUGGAUCGUUACAUGGGACUGGUGCAUUCUCUGGAAUCAAGGGGGAAAAGAGAAUGGAAAAACACCAUCAUAAUAGUCUGUUUUCUCUUUGUUGUGGUUGGACUAAUCCACAUUCAAGUAUUUUUCAUGGAAGAAAAGGAAACCUGCUUUGAGAAAUUGCCCCUUAACAACUUUCUGGCUUCCAUAAACAUUGCUAGAUUCCUAUUUGGAUUUGCCGUACCCUUCACAAUCCUCAUUUUUACAAACUACAAAAUUUUACAAACUACAAAAAGAAGCAGCAGCUUGACCUGCCACCAGAAAGCCAAAGUGAAGUACGUGGCUAUUGCCAUUAUUCUUAUUUUCUUGAUCUGCUUUGCUCCAUACCAUGUGAUGCUCAUAGUAAGAGCCAUAUACUUUAUGUUUCAUCAUGACUGCCCGUGUCCAUUUGAAAAAAAGGUAUAUUCAGUUUUUACAGUGUUUCUGUGUUUAGGCACUGCAAACGGUGUUGCCGAUCCAAUCAUCUACGUUUUGAUCAGUGAAAAUGUCAGAGAAGAAACUUACAGGACCCUGAGAAGAUGGAGAUGGAAUUCAUCCAAGCUAAAUUCAUCCACUGAUCACAAUACUGACACCAUAAAAUUGGAAAUGCCAAAAGAAUCAGAGGAAGAGGGUCAAAGAAAAGAAAACAAAGAAAUAACAGAUUCAUCCAAGUCAGAAAGCCUGUACUAA